AUGAAUAAACUAAAAAGUAAGGAAGUUAAUUUAUCGAUACAACGAGAAAAUAUCCUGAAUAAAUUGGAACAAACUAAAAAUGAAUGGACUGAAAGUAAUUUUGCCAAAUUUUCGUUAGAACAAUUACAAGUUCAAAAUGAAGAGUUAAAAAAAGAAGUAGAUUAUUUAAAAAGACAAUUAGUAGAAAAUCAAGCAACCAGUGAUAAAUAUUUACAUGAAGAGCAAAAGAAACUUAAAGAUGCGGAAGCCAAACUUACUCAACAGGUAGAAGCUAAUAAUAAAAAACAACGAGUUAUUGAGAAAUUACAAGCUCAAAAUGAAGAAUUAAAAAAACAACUGAAGGAAAGGAAGAAAAAUAAAGAAGAGACUAAUAGUCAGCAAAACAAAGAAACUGAACAAGACGAGAGUCUGAAAACUAAGACAGAUGAAAUACUUGCAAAUUUUUUCCAAGACCUAUUAUCCAAAAAAAAGGAGAUUAACGUUCAACAAUAUCAAAUAGAUGUUAAACAAGAGAUGCAAAAUAAAGAAACCGAGGUUGAACGAGAAGAAACCCAGAAAACUAAAACAGUUCAGGAUCAGAAUAAAAAUGAAAUACUUGCAAAUUUUUUCCAAGACUUAUUAUCCAAAAAAAAGGAGA